CCCUUUCUUGCCCAAUCUGCACCGUGCUCUCAAAAGCAUCCCCACAAUGAGGAAGUAGCUGCACAACCCUUUUUGUCGUCGAGAUGUUUUUACUUUCGUUUUCGCCCCUUCCUUUCUCUCCCCCAGGCUUUGAAGCACCUGCGGAGCCUGCUCUGGGACAGGAGGACGAAGGAUUUCCCGGUCUGAGACCUUCAACAUUAGCCUUGCCACGGAAUGGGGAACAAGAAUAUUAAACCGCCAGACCCACCAGCCGACCCUCCAAAGCAGUCUGCAAAAGGCAUGAUCCAGACCCUGCAAGAGGACAUCACAUGUUCCAUCUGCCUGGAGUCCUUUGAUGAUCCUGUCUCCAUUGACUGUGGACACAAUUUCUGUAGGGGAUGCUUGACUGCCCACUGGAGUGUACCCUUGCAAAAUGGGUACCGUUGCCCCGAAUGCCGUCAUCCCUGCAGCCGGGAGAGGAUGAAACCAGACACUCGGUUGAAGAACCUGGUGGAAAAAAUUGGACAGCUCCCUCUAACAGAGGAGUUUGAGAAGGAACCAGAGAUACCAAUCCCGCUGUCACAGAUGGGAGAACCGGUGCAGCUGGUGGGUCUGGAUGAGAAUGGAAAUCUCUGCCUGGAUGAGGCGGUGCUAAGCUCUUGCUUGGAGGAAGGUCAGGUGAAGGAUUCUCCAGUCUGCCUGGUCUCCAUUCUUGGUGAACAGCGCCGUGGCAAAUCCUUCCUGCUGAACUUCCUCCGGAGACGAUUCCAAAACCUGGUGGCUGAGGAUGAUUCAUGGAUGGGUGAAGAAAAUGACCCCCUGGCGGGAUUUGAGUGGCAACCAGGACCUACCACCACCACCAAGGGGAUAUGGAUAUGGAGUCAGCCGUUUUGGAUCUCCACUGAACAUGGAAAAGUAGCCAUGUUCUUGGUAGACACAGAGGGUUCAAUGGAUGUGGACAGAAGCAAGGAAACUGGUGUCAAGCUUUCAGCUUUUUCCAUGUUGCUCAGCUCUUAUCAGAUAUUCAAUGUGGCCACCACAAUGAAAGACACAGACUUGGAAUACCUAGAAAUGUUCGUGUAUGUUGCCGAGACGGUGGGGCGUGCUUGCCAUUUGAGGUCCAUUCAGCAUCUGGACAUCUUGGUCCGUGACUGGUUCUACCCACCCAUUUAUGGGCUCCAAGGAGGCCAGAAAUAUCUCCAAGAUGUCAGAGAGAGGCUGGAGAAUCAACCGAACAAGCACCCACGAGUCCUGGGGACACUCAAGAAGACCACCACCCGUUGUUACCUGAUGCCGUUCCCUGGCAAGAAAGUGGUGGUGGAAACUGAGGGCACCCUAGCAGACAUGGAUGAUGAUUUUAGGGAAUGUCUGAGGGAUUAUGGGAAUGACCUAGCCAGAUCAGCUGCAAUGCACGUGAAGAGAAACUGGGAAGGGACAGCCCUCACAGGGGCACAACUUGCCUCCAAGAUAAAG